UCGUUUCCGUGUAGUUUACAACGCACAUACAUAUAUGGUUAUUGUUUUGUUCGGUCAUUUUCGAUUUUAAUAUGUGAAUGGUGUCGCAGUUUGCUUAAAUUGCGUAUACGCCUUGUGACUCCGGGCCGAUAAAUUUUCUGUGCGUUCUAUGCCCAGGGUUUCGACAAAAUUGAUUGGAUAUUAAUGGCGUUCAGGAGGGCUUAAAGCCACUGGAUGACUCAGGGCCCAGUUACUCCGCCACAUCCUGACCAUGGACAAUUCGCAAACUGUCAUAAUCAACCAGAUAAUAAGCGAGUCCAAAGCCAAAAACCUAAGGAGUCGCAUAGCCGAUCAUCUAACCGCCAUUAUGCCGAAGAAAAUCCAGCAGCCUGGCGGAUCCCUCUAUUGCGGAGUUACAUUGCUGGGCAUCCUGUGCUUGGUCGUGUUCCGUCUGAUUCCGGGGAUUCCUUUCGGCACCUAUGUGAUGGCCGAGAGAGACCACUACCACACCAUAGACGAUCCAAAUGUGCCCUGUAACUUCUACGAUACGGUCAAUCUGACGGGUCAUACGGUCUUUCCGAACGGAAGCUAUGAUUACUACGGCACAAUAGUUCCUGCCGAAUUGGUCGGAACGUACGACUACAUACACAGUUCGCUAACGGAGCGCAUAGAGGUUCGGGAGCACGUGAGGGGUUGCGUCUGCAAGUUCAAGUCCUGCCUGAAUAUCUGCUGCCCGUGGCGACAGGUCUUCAACUCUGAAGUAGACGGAUGCAUAAUAGACCACUCGGACAACCGAACGUGGCCAGAUCCGCCCAUGCUCAAUAUAACCUUCCGCAACGAUUCCACGAUAUUGGUCAACAUGUUUGCGCAGUUUGCAAUCCAAAGCUUCCGACCCUGCCCCAAGAUGUUUUCCCUGCAGCCAGAGACCAGCCAUUGGGAUGAUUACCUACUUUUUGAGAACGGAUCCAUGCUCCGUGUGGACGACCAACAGCUAAUCAGGAAGAACGAGUUCUGCAUGGUUCCGACCUACGUCAACGAAUCGGACAUGUUCUACACCAUUCAUCCGGCUAACUGUGACAUGCAGGACGAUAAUAGUACGGUGAAGAUUAUCAAUGCCUAUGCCAUGAUGUUCUCCAUUCCCUUCAUGAUGCUGACCAUAGCCGUUUACCUACUGAUUCCCGAGCUCCGCAACCAGCACGGCAAGAGCUUGGUCUGCUAUUUAGUGGGUCUCACCGUGGGGUACACCUCGCUGUGCUACGUGCAACUCUAUCAGGUUGAUGCCACAGGUGAUGCAUGCAAGGUGUUUGGAUACACAGCCUAUUUCUUCUUCAUGGGAGCCUACAUGUGGCUAAGUGUCAUCAGCUUCGACUUGUGGCACAAUUUCCGAGGGACGAGAGGCAUUAACCGAUUCCAGGAGAAGAAACGCUUCCUGUUCUAUUCGCUGUACUCCUGGGGCAUUGCCGUAGUUUUCCUGGCCUUCACCUAUAUCGCCCAGGAACUUACCAACUUGCCAGCAUACCUUAAGCCAGGUAUUGGGGAUGGCGUAUACUGCUGGCUGGAUAUGAGCAACUGGGCUGCCAUGAUCUACUUCUACGGUCCCAUCCUGAUUAUCGUUGUCGCCAACACCAUCAUGUUCAUAAUGACGGCGAUCAAGAUUCACGGCGUGCAGCGCGAGAUGGCCCGGAUAAUUGCGAGUGAGAACAGCACCAAGAACCUACGUACUGAGAAGGACAAGUUUGGCUUGUUCCUGCGCCUCUUCCUCAUUAUGGGCAUCACCUGGCUCACGGAACUCAUCUCCUACUUCGUGGGCAACGACAAGGGGUGGUCUAAGCUCUUCUAUAUCUCGGAUCUGGCCAAUGCGAUGCAGGGCUUUCUCAUCUUUAUGUUGUUUGUGAUGAAGAAGAAGGUCAAGCACUUGAUUACAAACAGAACGAUACGUGUGCGCAGUCUGCGGCAGACUGAGAGCGUAACGAUGGGGCCGACUUCGUUCUCCAUGAAGCAGCGGUUUAUGGACGCCUCCAACCAGAUCCGCAAGCUGGUGGUGAUCCGCAACGCCUUUGCCAAUGGAUCCACCAGUAAUAUUCAUUCGCACGAAGUCUGAAUCGAAUUCGUCGAUUGCAGUAAGCAGGACCUAUUUUGCGCGGUUGCACGUUUGUUGUGGCCUUCGCUAACCCGCGCUUAAAUCGAGAAUAUGGGCCUUUUUCGGGCUUAUACACUUUCUUCCUUAUUCCACGUUUCUUAAAUCUCUUGCACUAAGAUGGAAAAACCGGAGGGAGUUUAUCGGAAAACGCAUGCACUUCGAGACCUGAUAGCGCGCAAUCUCAGAUUAUUCUAUACCUUAUAUGUUGUACUUAUCUCGUUGUCAGAACGCUUUCGAUAUUGCUUAAGUGCAAGCUCAACACCAACAGACACUGCCAGCAAACUAACUCUAAACCAAACACUGACAGCCAACACAGCCCAGAAUCUCCAGCUGCCUAGCUCGUUUACUCAUUCCGGUCGCGUUUUUGUAGCUACUAAACCGAAAUACAAUUCCUAAGUGCCCUGAUCUAAACAUAAACUUAUGUUUGCAUCUACAAUGUGUGUCCAUAUGUGCAUGUGUCUCAACAUCAAUGUGAUCAUCAUCGAUCGCUAUCCACUGAAGACUCCUGGAGAAAAAGAAUGGCUUGAGCUCGACCGCAACUUCGAGUUCCAUCGCUUCUGACACGAAUGUGCAGCCGAGAAAGCUGCACCUUAAGGCUGUUGACAAGACCGGUAGCCAUGCCACCGAUCCGAGUCCGACCCCGA